AUGCCUGAAAAGUCGGCAAGAAAAGUUCAUCAACAAAAAGCACCUCCCAACCCACUGGCGAGUAGGCAGCCCACCAAAGCAAAACGACCAGCACCGAGUGUGAUCGCUCAGAUUGACAAGGGUUUGCCUUCAAAACUGAAGCGUCAGCGUACCUUUGUGAAUGAGGAUGAUGGGGAUGAUUCUAGUGGCCAUGGUAGCGACUCAGAGGACUUGCGACCUGAAAAAACUCAAGGCCAUCCUAAAAAACUCUCUCGCACUUAUGCGAUGCACGAUGUGACUGCGAUGUUCGCCGAGUCUGAUGAAGAUCUUGAGGACAAGCCAAAUGGCAUUGAUACUGAUGCUGACUGCGAGGAGAGUGAGGGUGAAGGGCCAGAGGCCACUGCCUUGAUGCUCUCAGAUGAGGUGCCUUUGCUUGUGACCAACAAUGUCAAGCCUGUUCAAUCAUGUGGCAACUCCCAAUCCACCAGAAAGCAAAAACAAGCUGAGGAGACUCCAAUAUGGCGCGAUGUUGACGACGCUGUCUCAGAGUCUGUUGAAGAAUCUACUACUCGUGGCGAUUCCUUGGAACCUCACUCCAGUGACAUUGAAGUUGUCCCAAAGGUCACCUCUGCAGCUCGAUUCAAGUUAGCUGAGACAAUCGCUUCUCUCGUUCAAAUGGAGAAAGGAAAUGUUAAAUUGCUUGAUCAAAACCUGGAGACUCAGCUAGUAGUCCGGGAUGCCAUUAUUGACGCUAAAGGUCACAUUAUCUUCGUCAAUGCUUACCCUGAGCUCGUCAACAAAAACCAGGUAGCACUCCAGUCUUUGCUAACGGUGGCCAAGAAUCGCAGCAUAAAAGCCAUCAAAAAACAUCUUCAAACAGAUGCUCAGUAUGCUGCUCACCUUGGUAGCUUGGUGGAGCCCCGGAUCCCAUUAUUGCGGCAUGAUCUGAAAGUCGCUGCAAGUGCAAACAUCAAUAGCUACUUCCGUCUCAGCAACAACAUAGUCAAGGCAAAAAAACUUAUGGAGCAGCAUGCAUAUGUAUACGUGUUGAGGUUUGAUCUCAAGAUCUUCGCAACACUCAGGAGCGGGUUCUUUAUCAUAUUCCCAUAUCUUUGCUCCUUCGCCAACACUCAGGAGCAGUCCAACGACAAUACUUUGCCCAUCAGGAAAAGGCCCUACCAGGAUGAACUACUCAUUUUUCUGUUGCGCGACAGAGUCUUCGAUGGUGCGAAGUCCAUUGAUGUCAAAUUUGCGGCGCGUUUUGUCAAAAUUGCGAGAAACAAGUGCAAUCGCCCUGAAGUCCCCAUUCCAUUGCUGGCGCUUGUGGCAACAGCAAUCUAUGUGGCCCUUUUCUGGAAGACGUUGGGUUCACCAGGAAAGUUUAACUUUUCUGGGAAUCAAUUCAGUGAAACAUAUAUUUUCCAUGUCAAGUUCCUUGAGAGUUUGAAGAAGAAUGCACCUGGAAAGUUUCAUUGUAUGAUGGCUGACAUUUUCGAAGCUGUACAGGCUUUGGAACAUAAGGGCAAUGAUCAUCUCGCCAGUGAGCAUCAAAAUGCUCUGUUGCUACUCGACCUGGAGGACAUGGCCGACGAUUAG